CGCAGUAGACUGACCUGUCACUCUGGAGUUGUCAACUGAACAGGAAAUUCAGAAUAUUGCUGCCUGUGGAUUUUCACUGACUUGCAGAAACUUUCCACAGAACUUGUAGGGCUCCUUGGAAUAUUUUUCAGAAUUGGACAUCCUUGGAAUUUUCUAAUUUCUUCACCUGCAUCGCGUUUGUGUAAUUGGCUUCUGUAUCGUGUAUUUUUAUUUUUUUUGGGCUUUCCUCCCUUCCAAAUUAUUCUUUCCCCCUCCUCUGCCCCUUUUCCCCUCCUUUCCCUCCCCCUUUUCCCCUCAUUCUGCCAAUCAUCAUCAACAACAUUAUUUGUUUAUAUCAUAGGCAUAUUUAUUCGUCUAAGUCUUCAAUUCAUAUGGAUCAGCAUCCCUUCAUUUAUAGGGUGGAUUAUGAUGGACAUCUGUUAUCUCUUCACCUGGACUUUGACUUGGACUUUUUUGCACAAAAUACUAUUUUAGUACUGCUAUUUAGUAAAGUUGAGUUGCUCUUGAAAUAUUUGGGCUUUGAAUCUACACUGUAAAGGAACCUGGGAAAGUUAAUCUAAACCCUCUCUGAGGCAAUACAAAGUUACAGAUUUGUCGGUGAAGCUUCUGUUAAGGUCUGCAGCCCUGUACUGCUUAAGAAAAGAGCUGUAAGCUUUGGUGCUGAUGAUCGCACUUCACUGGUCAGGAGUACUACAGAUAUUGAUGCAAACAUCCUUGCUGUGCUACCCAAAGUUUCAGAACUAAGGAAGCAAUUUGAAAGCACAAUCAUAAGUGAUCCAAUAAUGAACCGGAAAAAGAGGAUAGCACAAAGGCUAGAGGGGAUUGAGACCGGUGUUCCAGCAGCUCUUUCUACAAAUGUACACCACACAGCCGGUCUCGUGACCAAUCGGCUGCUGGAGGAGGACACUCCACGCUACACACGAGCCUCAGAUCCCAGCGAUCCAGGUAUUGCGGUGCGGCGCUACAGUCGUGAUGAGAUGGAAGCUCCAGAGCUGCAAUCCAGAACUCUGACUCGCCCGUAUCCGCAGCCGGCCAUCCAUCCUGACCCAGUCGUCCCUACCCCAGCGGGGUCUGAUGCUGCUAACCUGAGCUCCAAGGCAGAGCGAAUCGCGCGUUACAAAGCUGAACGCCGACGUCAAUUAUCAGAACGCUACGGAAUCCUCCUCGACCAAGAAGUAGAUGUGGAUUACGCCCCACGCUACAAUCGUGCAGGAAGAGAGUCUGACCUGUCGGACAAAGGGGCUCCUCCAGACAGGGAACGUGGUGAGAGCAGGACGAGAGGCGGGACUUUGCAAGAGCAAGAUGAGGGCCGGGGCCGAAGCAGCAGCAGGUCUAAAGGAAUAGGGCGGGUUUCCAUUCCUUCUGACCCCGCCCCUAAUCCUGCUCCUCCUCCAUCAGGCUUGGAUGCUAAGCGAGAGAGAGAGAGGGCUUUGAACUUCGAAAAUUAUAGGCAAGCACCUGACCGAAGUGCCAAGCCACGCCCACAGGAAGCUCCGGUUCCCAUGGUGACGACACCUACCCAACCAACUAGGGGUGUUGCUGUUGUCACAGUGCCAAGUUCUCCAAGGACAGCUCGCCGAGCAUCCUUACCAUCGACUCGUUAUGGCAUCUCUCCUGGUGACCUGUUCAUCGAGCAGCAAGCACAGACCAUCCUCAACAGACAGGGAAUACGAGUAAGGGAAAGACAGGCAAGAGAGGACAGCUCGGGAAGGGGUUCAGACACUGGGUCAGAUACACCCUUAGUCAGAAGGCACCAAACACCACCAUAUUUGGCUCCACGACCUCAAUCUGCAAACCAGCCUCAAACACUGAGCACAGAACCCCUGACACAACAGAGCCAAUGUGCAGAAACCCGUCAUCAAAGAGCGCACCGUGUGGAACGCCCACUAUUCCAGCGCACUCACAGUAUAGAUUUGCCUGCUUACCAGUAUGUACUCCAAAGUGAAUCGGCAAUCCAUCAACGUGCCCAAAGUGCAGAGCCCCCAUGCUUCGAACAUAGCCCUGGUGUACACCCUAGCACCAUGGGUCAUCAGCCAAGAUUUGGGCGAAUCCAGCAAUCCUCACCAAGGCGAUGUAAUCAAGAUGCUCAAACACCCAGACCUUCUCAAACAUACAAAGACCUCCAGUGGCCACUACCUGGUCAUAGAGAUGCCCCACCACCUGGGCAAAAAUAUCAUGCCAUCCUUCAACCAAUGCCCUUGGAAAGAGACACUCGCCAAUCAGCUCACGUGCACACAUAUUCUCAGAAGCCUCUACAUGAGCGCACUUUGCAUGCACGUCCAUCGCAUGUGCAAACACAACAUUAUGGUCCAGUGUGUGGUCAGAGCGAGCCUUUGGAAAUUGGUCCAGUCCAAAAACUUCCAGCCCAUAGACAUAUCGCCCACUCGGGUCUUUCUCACAGGUCUAGUUAUCUACCUCCUCCUGAACCUCAGGUUGGCAUGCCUGAGAUGCUGGAUCCCAAAGGAAACUUGGGAUCAACAUGUGUUGCCAGAGAAGGUGUAGAGAAUAGAUGGAGAGAAAGCUCUGAUCACAUUCAGCCCAUUCAGAGAGAGGGUCAAUCUGUAUCUACGGCAGAUCCUGCAUCAGAAGGGUUACUUAGAAGCAGAAAGGCCGUUCUACCCUCAGAAAUCCGCCGUAGGGAGAAGAGUUUGGAUGAUCCUAUGCGUGGACGCACUAUUGAAGGUUUGGAAAGUCAGGGAAUUGGAAGGAUUCGCCAGUUAGAUGAGGUGGAGGGGAGGGGUAGACACAAGUUGUUCCAGAUGGAAGAAAGACAUGUUAAUGAUGGAAGAGGACCCACUCAAAUGGAGGGAACAAAGGCAAGUGAAAAGGUUGGUCUACGAAAAGAAAGACAUGGGCAUGAUGAUUGGAGAACCAGUCAAUCUGAGGAAAGGGAGGCAGAAGACCUCACAAAAAGCAUUUGGACAAGUGAAGAUGUAGGACGUGGUGUAAGAAAGAUUGGUCAAACAGAAGAAAAAAAACGGAUAGGUGGUAUUAAAAAUGAGGAAUGGCAAGGUAAUUUGAGCACUAACCAGUUAGAGGGUGACAGGAUGAUUGAGGAAUUCAAAGGAGAACGGCAAGUUGAUAGAAGAACUGCACAGUCAGUUAAACCUCAAGUGCAAGGUGAUAAAAUCAGUCAGGAGGUAGGGGAGCAAGAUGACCAAAGAUUUCUGCAAAGAGAAGUGGUAGAAGGACGUGGAAGACGACGUCAGAUAAAUCCGUCAGAGGAUGGAGAAAAGCAUGUCAGACCAAGAAGGAUAAGCCAGUCAGAAGAUGAUUUGGAGGGACGUAGGGUACCUAAAAUUGUCCAGUGUGAGGAAUGGGAAGUGCAAGGAGUGCAUCGACUUGGCCAGUCAGCUGAUCAGUUUGAGGGAUGUGAGAGGGGACACCACCAAUUGAAUCCAAAACUACCUGAAGAAAUGGACACCAUUCCCCCAAAGGUGGAACUAACAAAUGAGCAGCAUUCUUCACACCAUAGGAUUGGUGAAGUAGGAGGGUAUUUGCAGAGAGGCUCCUCCCUCCCACAAGCUCAACAUAGAUUGAGUCAGGAUGCAGGUGAUCUUAAACCAAAGGUUCGGAUUCGCUCAAUGUCAGAUAUUGGAGUGAAUCGGCGUUCUGCUGCAUUGCGAAGUCUGGAGUUUGCUGCCAGUCGAGAGGCUGCCAUGGUGAUGGGGGUGGGGCUUCAUAGCAAGGAUGCAGUUGGUGUAGCCAAUGGUGAAAUGGGCACCUUGGACACAAGAGUUUCUGUGGCAAAGCUGAGACAUUCCUACCUGGAGAAUGCUUCAGGACACAAGCCAGAGCUGGAGUCUAAAGAAGACCUGGAUACCAUUGAGAUUGAUCCAGUGGGAAGCAGUGACUGUGAAAGAGGGACACGUCGACACAGGCGUUACAUUUCCCCUGGUGAUGACAGGAAGUCCUCCGAGAGGUUUAGAACCCAGCCGAUCACAUCUGCUGAAAGACUGGAGUCUGAUAGAUCCCACCGUAGUCCAGAGCUUGCAGAACAUGUUGAAUUGGAUGAAGAAAAAAUGGAUGAACGAGCUAAGUUAAGCGUGGCAGCCAAGAGGUCUCUCUUCAGGGAGAUGGAAAGGACUUCGGAUGGAGGUGUACCAAAACCUCGGUCACGUAAUGCUGCAGUUGAGCGAAGACUUAGACGAGCACAAGAUCGAUCCCGAACACAGCCAGUCACACCAGAGGAAGUGGUUAUUGCUACUACUUCCCCUGCUCCCCCUUCCCAAAUCAUCAAUGUUAAAAGGACUACCCCCAGAAUUCCCAGCCCUGCCAUGGUCAGCAAUUCCAUGACUAGUUUCAGUCUGCAGGCAUCCUCAAUACAUGACUCAGCCCACCAUGAGCAGGAGAAAGAGGCUUCUCCAAAGGAGGUGGUUCCAGGAGAAGGGACGGGAUCUGAGCAACCUGACCUAUCAACGCUAAGCCUGGCUGAGAAGUUGUCACUGUUUAAUUGCUUGUCACAGCCCACUGGCCAAUCAGCAAACGGACCACGUUCUGACACUCGCCAACGUAGGGCCAACGCUCGUUUUCAAACCCAACCUAUCACCCAGGGCGAGGUUGAGCAGGAGCUUACAAAAGAUGUAGAUGCGUCCAGUCACACAGAUCAGCCCCUUGUGACUAAUGAUUCUGUUGGUCCCUCUCAGAAUGAUCAACUGCAGAAUGGCAGGGUCAAGUUGGAGCCUCUCCCUGCAUCACUGGUCCGUUCCAUUGCUGUGGUCACUGCCCAGGCCUCUGUUGCCACGGCGACCAGCGCUUCCCCAUCAAUGACCGCAGAUGUUCGCAUGGGGAUGUCCACAGCACCCUCUUACACUCCGCCAUCCAUUCAGAGCUUACCCAAUCAGACGGGCAUUGCUCAGAUUCCCACUUAUGAGAGAGGGGUUCGAUACUUCAGUCUUACAGAGAGUGGGGAAAACCCCACCCCUAAUAUUCAAUCCCCGCUCCCCACAGAACAGAUCAGCCAAUCACCUUACAGCAAGGGUGGGGCUGCACCGGUUUCAGCCAGUGGGCAGAAACAAGAGGAGUGUGGGCGGAGGGGAAGACUUGGUUAUAUUGGGAGAGAGGAGAGAGAGACAGAGCUCCCUCAGGCACCUAAUGCGACCUCCCCACAACACACACAUGCGCUCAGACACACACCCCCUCACGGCAGGGGAGAAGCAGAGCUAAGUAGCCCACUAGAGAGGGAGAGACAACGAGAGAAAGAAAACGAAAGUACACCCGUCUCACAAGGUUUGUCACCAGACGCACAUCAGACAACAAGAGGAAGCAAUACGAGACCCAACGUCUCAGAUGUCCCUGAUCCCAGUGUUCUCGCGAGGGCGGUGAUCACUCCUGCGGUGUCCUCCCAAAGUUCUUCACACACACUCCCUUACCUCCAGCAAACGCAGUCACACACACCUCCACCACCUCAAUCUAAACCAACACAACACCAUCAAAUCUACAACCAGACCUCCACGACAACACACACACGACCUCAGACACAACCGUACAGUCCGGCCACACAACCAGUGACCCAGGAAAAACAACAAACACACAUCAUAUCGGAGCCUCAACCCUACAUAGACUCUCAGGCUCCUCCACUUCCAGCUCAGGUGUACACUGAACCCCAGCGGCAGGCACAACCCCGAGUACCUCCACAAACGCAGCCGAAACCACAGUCCUUCCUUCCACCUCAGUCACAUGCUUGCAUUCCCCCGCAACCAAAGAUACCCCCUCAAACCCAGCCAAAACCUCAGUGCUUCAUACCACCCGAAACCAAAGAGGAGAUCUUGGGAAAAUACAGCCUGUCUGGAUCUGUUCUCUCCAAAGACCAAAAGCCAGAUAACCACGAAGACCCCGAGACAAUGUCGUCCAUGUCCAUCAAAGAGAGGUUGGCUAUGUUGAAGAAGAGUGGAGAGGAAGAUUGGAAAAACAGGAUAAACAAGAAACAGGAAGCUAUACAGGAUGUGGUGUCAGAAACUGAGAAGAGUAGUCAAAUAUUGGAGGAUCAAGGCUUUAAGAAAAAGGAAGAGCAGACCAUUAUCAGUGAGUUCGCAUCAUCUGAGCAGCUAUGGGAGCCUGUCUUUUCCUCUACCUACUCUCCUCCACCUCUCCCAUCUACCCCAAAAUGCCAAUAUGUAGAACAUCAAAGCCAGAAACUUGAAGAUGAGGAGGAGGGACAGAUGUCCAUUGAAGAGAGGAAGCAGAUGAUUUCGACUCGAGAGCAGGCGUGGCAAAGCACAGGAAAGGGUGUGGCCAAUGACUCCACCCAGUAUACAGUGGCUGCCAGGAUGGUGAAAAAAGGUCUUGCUGCUUCCUCUGCAGUCAUCAGCCCAAUUCUUUCACCAGUCUCUGCCAAACUCAAGAGCAGUGUGCCAGCUAUCUCCAAACCACAGGAAGAAAUUGAGGCCAGAGCAGAAAUGGAGUCUGAUAAGAAGCUGGAAAAGCUAGAGACGUUUUUGGGCCGUCUCAACAGUAAAGUAUCAAGUUUGCAGGAGACGACAUUGACGGUGACCGAGAAGGCAGUAAAGGAAGUGAUGCGAUUGGAUGAUGAAAUCUUUUCAAAGUUUUACCAUCACGUGACUGAUAUUCCACGCAGCAUGAGCAGCAGAAUGCAUCUGGAUGAAGACUUUGAUGCCAUCUUUGGAAAACAAACACCUAAGCUAACAUCAGCAAUGGUGCAGCACAAGCGUGCCGUUCGUCCCUCUCGUAACGUUCAGGCCUCAAAGAACCCCUUAAAGAUUCUCGCAGCAAGAGAAGACAUCCGACACGAGUACACCGAACAGAGACUGAACAUUGGCCUGCUAGAGAGCAAUAGAAUCAAACAUGAGAAGAUGAGUAAGGGCUCGAAUUUGUCUGACACAGCUCUGGCUGGUUUAGCCAGUAAAGAGAACUACAGCAGCGUGAGUCUGCGCAGUGUCAGUAUCUCCGAGCAGAUGACCAAUAACAGCGCAGCUCCCUACAAGAAACUCAUGCUCAUGCAGGUCAAAGGCCGACGGCACGUCCAGACCAGAUUAGUGGAGCCCAGAGUGUCCUCUCUAAAUAGUGGAGACUGCUUUCUACUGGUUACGCCUGAACAUUGUUUCGUUUGGAUUGGGGAAUAUUCAAAUGUCAUAGAAAGAGCCAAGGCAUCAGAGCUGGCCACUUUUAUCCAGUUAAACCAUGACCUCGGUUGUCGAGCAGCACAGGUGGAGACCAUUGAAGAACACGUGAACUCACAAAGCGCAGCAGCUGCAGAGUUCUGGAAGAUUUUGGGAGGACAAGCCAGCUAUCAAUCGGCUGGGUCUCCGGAAGAAGAUGAGAUGUUUGAAAGUGCAGUCGUGGAGACGAACUGCAUCUUCCGUCUGGUGGAUGAUAAACUGCUUCCUGACGAUGAUUUCUGGGGAAAAGUGCCUCGAAGUUCCUUAAUGGGCUCGAAAGAGGUGAUAGUGUUUGAUUUUGGUAGUGAAGUGUAUGUCUGGCAUGGUAAGGAGGUCACACUGGCACAGAGGAAGGUAGCGUUUCAGCUCGCCAAACACCUUUGGAAUGGAACCUUUGAUUAUACCAACUGUGACAUCAACCCUCUGGACCCUGGAGGUCACAACACACUCAUACCAAGGAAAGGGCAGGGACGUCCAGACUGGGCUAUAUUUGGCAGACUUACUGAACAUAAUGAAACAAGUCUUUUUAAAGAGAAGUUUCUGGACUGGAAAGAUGCAUCUAUGUUGUCACCUAAAAAUGCCAUUGAGCAGCCCUUCCAGCAAAAGGAGUCUCUGAGCGCAGACUCUCGUUCUGAGUGUCAGGCAUACAAUGCCUCGCUGAUGCUGCCGGUCGUGCCGUCGCCCAUCAGUACAGUUCUGGAUGGUCAGGAUGUGGGUCGAGGGCACGGUCCAGUGGAGAACGGCUCAGAGGACUGCAUGCGCUCACUGGAGAUUAGCACAGUGGGUGUUAAUGUCUGGCACAUAUUGGAGUUCGACUACAGCCGUCUGCCCAAGCAGAGCAUCGGCCAGUUUCACGAGGGAGACGCUUAUGUGGUGAAAUGGAAGUACAUGGUGAGCGCCGCAGUGGGAAGCAGACAGAAGCUGGUUCAGGUGCGUAGUGCAGGUCCCGGCAGGGAGAAGUGCUGCUAUUUCUUCUGGCAGGGCAGAAACUCCACUGUCAGUGAGAAAGGAACAUCAGCGCUGAUGACGGUCGAGCUGGAUGAGGAGAGAGGAGCUCAGAUGCAGGUGCAGCAGGGAAAGGAGCCGCCCUGUUUCCUGCAGUGUUUCAAUGGGGGGAUGAUAGUGCAUUCAGGGAAGAGAGAGGAAGAGGAGAACAUUCAGAAUGAAUGGCGCCUAUACUGUGUGCGUGGUGAGGUGCCAGUAGAGGGCCACCUGCUGGAAGUGGCGUGUCACUGCAGCAGUCUGCGAUCACGCACAUCAGUGGUCUUGCUGAACAUCAACAAAGCUCUGAUUUACCUGUGGCAUGGCUGUAAGGCGCAAACACAUGCGCGGCACGUAGCUAGAACCGCUGUGGAAAAGAUCAAAGACCAGCGACCACUGGAGGCGGGACUUCACAGCAGCUGUAAUGUGACCAUUCAUGAAUGUGAGGAAGGUUGUGAACCAGUGGAAUUCUGGGACGCUUUAGGCAGGAAAGACCGCAAAGCAUAUGACUGUAUGCUUCAAGACCCUGGCAAGUUCAACUUCACCCCACGGCUGUUUCAGCUGAGUAGUUCUUCAGGUGAAUUUGUGGCGCAGGAGUUUUACAACCCCUCCAGAGCUCCAAACCUGGUUUGUUCCCUGCCAUUUCUACAAGAGGACCUGUACGCCACCGCUCAACCAGCUCUGUUCCUGGUGGAUAACUAUCAUGAAGUUUACCUGUGGCAAGGUUGGUGGCCACAGGAUACAGAGAGUACCGGUUCUGCCCGCAUCCGCUGGGACUCCGACAGAAAGUGUGCCAUGGAAACCGUGCUGCAGUACUGCAGAGCAGAAAAGAACGAGAAGAAGCCUCAGAAGUCAUAUCUGAUCCAUGCUGGACUGGAGCCUCUGACCUUUACAAACAUGUUCCCCAGCUGGGAGCACAGAGAGGAUAUUGCUGAAAUCACAGAGAGGGAGGCAGAGGUGUGUAAUCAGAUAAUUCUAGUGGAGGAUGUUUUGGCUCGACUCAGUCAGAGCAUUUAUCCUCUCGCAACACUGCAAACUCGCCCCCUUCCCCAUGGCGUCGACCCCCUGCGCCUCGAGUUGUACCUGUCAGAGGAAGACUUUGAGAGUGUGUUAGACAUCAAGAGGGAAGAGUUUGACGCUUUGCCUGGAUGGAAGCAAGUAAACCUGAAAAAAGCCAAAGGACUCUUUUAGAAACCUGACAAAAAGCUGUCAUCAUGACAAAAUUAUCAAUUUCCACCAUGACCACCGGUUCUGCAAUCACCUCAGCAGUUUGACCUCUUUUGGUUAAGGGAGGCGUUUGCGCACUUGAGAACAGGGUAAAUGGUCAGGUCAAAGGUCACUUUAGGAUCUACAGAUGCACCUGCUGUGGUGUCCACUUUUGAUGUAUUUAUUAAGUCCGUGGAGUUGAUGUGUGUAUGUGGGUUUGUCUCAUCACGUUUAUGCACAUGUCAGGAUUUAUAACGUGCAAUCUGUUAGCAUUACGUGUUUUGUAACAUCUAAAACAAAACCUGUCUUUCAACACCUGUAAUUACUGGUUAUCUUGUUCACCUCCCUUUUCAAUAUUCUGGGGGUGCAUUUGGUCUGAUCUGGGCUAAGAUUUUGUUAUGUGUGUCAAUGUUUGCAUAAUUUAAAAUGUAUAAAUUAGUAGGAAACCAUUACAAAUCAUGUGUGAUGUCAUAUGUCUUAGAAUAUUCUUGUUAUGAUUCAAGAGGAGUUUACAUGCAAUGUCUGUUUUUCUUUGUUGUUUCUUUGUAUGGUUGUGGUUGUGGAGGUGGUGAUGUGUGAGUGGCAUCAUGUUUGUUCAUAUUCAGACAGCAUAGAAAUAUUGGAGGAGAGAAAGAAAUGACUUUAAUUUACAUGUACAGUAUAGUGCCUUGCUUUUGUGUACAGUUUCUAUACCAAACACACACUAGUCUGCAUUUCAAAGACUUUCUUUGUGAUAAAAGAAAUAGUAAAUA